AUGUGCGAGAUAUGCGGAUGGGGCGACCCAGACUAUGUCUGGGGUAUAUCUAGUGAUGGCACCUUAAUCUUAAUUCAGGACUGCAAGUUCUGUGAUCGGUUCUUAUUCGAGUCCCCAGGAACGUUAUCUCGUUCCGAAGAUCUUAGCGAUCUUCGCAACCGCGUUGCACUUGUUCUUAUCAAUCGCAAACGCCCCCUUGAAGCCUUGAAUUUCUGCCUUAGCUCUCUGAACCGUGCCAGCCCAGCGUGUUCCACUCAUCCUAACUACAACCCCGACCUUGCCUUUCUAGAUAUCACCCAUUACAAGAAAUCUGAUAUCGAUCCAAAUUCAGCACCACCGCUCAAUCUCCAGCCCUACAAGCACCCAAUGAUCCUGUACACCCUCACUCUCGCCUCUUUCAUUCUUUAUGGCUCAAGCAAGUUCAGCCUCUUUUGCCUUCGUCGGGCUUACCACUCAAACACAUACAUCUACCAGGCAUUAUCCACCGGGAGAACCACUAUCAGUUAUCACCAGAACAAGCUGCGUAGCCAGUUAACAUUCUACCUCAUGUACAAGCGAGUUUGGGACGUCCCGGGAAUGAAGGAGUGGCUAGUUGAGAGUGAGGGGGAGGUGAAGAAGAAGGCAUGUGAUGCCAUUGGAUGUGGAAAGGUUGAGGAGACAGUGGGCGCGUUGCGACUUUGUAACGGGUGCCGCGAGUGGUGGUAUUGCGGGACUGAGUGUCAGAAGAGGGAUUGGAAGAGGGGUGGGCAUAAGAAAUUGUGCAAAGAGACUAAGACAGCGGCGACGAAGGAGAAGGAGAUUGAAGAUUUGUUGUUGGGCGCUAGGAGGUAA